AUGGCUCCGGGAAUGGGGAUUAAAGCCCCUGUACCUCGAACAAGAACAGGUUGCUUAACAUGUCGAGCAAGGAAAGUGAAAUGUGAUGAAGGGAAACCAGAUUGUGGUCGCUGUAUUCGCCUUCAACGCGAUUGUAAAUGGAGUACACCUCCAGCUCACAUGCUCGCCACGACAUCUCAUGGUCAUGGAAUCUCCAGUACCAGUUCAUUGCCUACCACUCAACAGCUUGCUCUUGGUAAAACACGUAUUCCCAAAGAUUCAUUCGUUAUUGAAUUUCCCAAUAUUGAUAAAACGACUAUGCCUUAUAUUCAUCAUUUUGUGGGGUUUUGCACCAGAUUCUUGGCAUAUGCAAAUGAUGAUGAAGGGAAUCCUUUCAAAGAAGAAUUGGUACCAUUUGUAACGACCAGUCCGGCUUUAUUACAUAGUAUUAUUGCAGUGGCAGCAGGCCAUAUGAGUAGGACUGACAAGCAGCAUGAGGUUAAGGCUACCAAACAUUAUUCCAUGGCUUUGAGAGAACUUAACACAGCAUUAUGUGACAAUUCAGUUGCGAAACAAAAUGCCACAUUGGGUGCUUGUCUUUUACUAUGUGUUUAUGAGAUAUCACAUUCAGAUAGAGGAUUAUGGUUGGAGCAUCUGAAGGGUGCACGAGAUCUUAUCUUACAUCGAGGAGGUCCUAAAACAUCGGAUUUCCUCACAAGAUUCUUUGCGUUACUUGAUGUUUCUGGUUCUCUAUGGGCAGGACAAGGUCCUUUAUUACCUGGGAAUUAUUGGCUCGAAGAUGCCCCGACACUAUCAACAAGUCCAAAACAAAUUGGCGAUUCACCUUCAUCAGCAGAACCAGCCUUGAAUUGGCCAUAUUAUGACCCGGGCGGUGUUAUGACGGGAGAGUUCCAUGUGUUUAUGAUAUUUAUGGCCAAGUUAUCUCGUCUAUCCAGUCGUUCCCUUGUCGAAACAUCGGUCGAAGAACAAAUCAUCAUUAAACAAGAAGCCAUUGGAAUCCAACAUGAAGUUCAAAUGUGGUGGCAAAACUGUCCAUCUAUGCUCCGGGAUCUUUCCAACGAUUGGCGACGACAACCACGCGAUACUAAACUCACCGUCGCGGAAACUCUCGAAGCUGAAGCAUUCUCUAGUACAAAGGCUUGCAUGUACGGAUGCGUUCUUUUCAUUCACCAUAUUAUGAACCCAGUUGGUGAAGAACCAACAUCUCCAGAAGUUUCAGAGGCAAUUACACAGAUUCUAGAUAUUGCUGCUGAGACACCAGAGGGUUAUGGAUUGGAAAUGGGUUUGUAUUAUGGAUUGUUUGCAGCAGGAGCAAGUAUCUUUAAUGAUUGGGCGGUAGAGGAUACUGUUAGGAAGAAGUUGAAGGCUGAUACUAGGAUUGCACUUUAUCAUGCCGAUCGAGCCUUGGAAUUACUUGAAAUCCUUUGGAGAAGGCAACACCAAUAUGAACGCAAAUUUGAUUGGAGACAAGUUCAACAACAGAUGGGAAUUCACAUGUUCUUUUCUUUACAGAGCUUUAUUAACGAUAUUGUAGAUUUAUUCUUGCUUGAAGAUACACUUUUUCAGCCCCACCACCAGAAUUCGAAAUUCGAAACAAAAAUUGUUCGAGUUGCGGAAGGACCGGAGUUCGCCACGAAACGGAGGGGUAAAGUGGUCCGGCUUUCCUCGGGGUCAGUAGCCAAGGACUGUGGAGAAAUAGAUAGGACGCCACAGCCGGAUUUUGGAAAGAUGGACAGCAAUGAGAUCAAGGGUAUUGAUAUUGGAGUGAAGAAUGGUGGGACGGAUAUGACUACUAUUUUACUUCUCGGUGGUACAGGAAAGGUCGCCCGACGAAUCGCUCCUCUCCUCUCUGUUGAUGGAUAUAACGUUCUUUUAGCAUCUCGGUCCGGAUCUUCUCCAGCGUCACUUCCAAAUACUAAAGGAGUUAAGUUCGACUGGUUGGAUACCAAUAGGGGCGGCGACGCGAAAGAAAAUUCAAUUGAAGCGGUUUUUAUGAUCGCUCCUCCUGUUCUCGGUGCACUUCCUCUGGCUAAAAGGUUUAUCGAUGUAGUGAUUAAGAGAGGAGUAAGAAGAAUUGUAUUUCUGAGUGGGAGUAUACAGCAUUGCGGGGAUGGACCGAUUUUAUCUCAGAUAUCUAAGUAUAUAAAGGGAGAGGGAAGGAAUUUUCAGACACUUGAAGGACAAUCGAAUAAUUCCGACCCGAACGCAGUGGAAUGGACGAUAUUGAAACCGAGUUGGUUCAUGGAAAAUUUCUCGGAAAUGCACCAUUUAUAUACCAUCCGCGAUGAAAAUCGAUUAAUUUCAGCGACGGGGAAAGGGAAGAUCCCGUUUGUGAGUGUGGAGGAUGUCGCAAAUGUGGCGUGUAAAGCUUUGAUUGGGUGGAGAAGUACUGAUUUUGAGAAGGGACUGUUGGGGAAGGAAUUGGUUUUGAGGGGAGCAGAAUUAUGGUCUUAUGAUGAUAUCGCUGCGCUCUUGACGGAAAUGUUGGGGAGGGAGAUUAGUCAUGUGGGUGUGGAGGAAGAGGAGAUUGUUAAGGGAAUGGUGGAGGGUGGGGUGGAGGAAGGGUUGGCGGGGGUUUUGGGAGAGCUUGAAGGUGCGGUUAGGAGGGGGGAGGAGGCUUGGUUGGGAGGAGAUUUGGAGGGGAUUAUUGGGGGGAGAGGGAGGAGUGUGAGGGAGUUUGUGGAGGGGUGUGGGAGGGCUGGAGUGUGGGAUGGGGGAUGUAGGGAGUAG